AUGACAGAUCAUAAUCUUGAUCAAAUAACUCAUGGUCUUAAAUCAGUUCAAUUAGAUGAUGAAGAUGCAUCAAAAUAUUUUAUUAAUUAUAUAAGUGAUGAUUUAGAUGCUCUCGGUGAUGAUGAUAAUAAUAAUAAUGAUAAUAAUAAUAAUGAACAUGAUCAAAUAGAUGAUACAAAUGAUGAUAUUGAUAUAUCAUCAUUACCUAGUAGUCUUAUUAUCACUCCAGUUCCUCAAGAAUUAUUUACUAAUCAACAAAUGAAAGAUGAAUUUGAACAAUUAUUUCGUGUUUAUGAUUCUCAAAUAACUAUACUUUAUUUAAAAUUUUUUCAACGUGUACGAAUAACAUUUACAUCAUCACAUAAUGCAUUACAAGCUCGAUUACAUCUUCAUGAGCAUCUAUUCUAUGGUACAAGAAUAAAAACAUAUUUUGCCUGUCCGAUUAUUUUUCGUGGAUCAAAUCCUGGUACAUAUUUAUGUCCACCUGAACCUGAAAAACUAUUUCUUAUAUCUCCACCAGCUAGUCCACCAGUUGGCUGGGAACAAAAAGUUGAAGAUCCACCUAUUGUUGAUCUCAACUUACUUGCUGCUAUUGCACAAUUAGAACCAAAUCAAUCUCAUGAAUUACACUCACGUGAAUAUGGUUCGAAUGCUCCAUCGAUUGUUAUUCAUACAUGCGAUGAUUAUAUUAAUACGGAUGAAAGAAGCAAGGCUCUUCGCGAAAAAUUAAUUAAACCAACACUUGUGCAAACUAGACGACCACCUAGUCAUCAUAGCGAUGAACAAAAUUAG